UGUAUCACAUGCUUUAACACGCACUGAACAUGAUAAGGACAAUAACGUUGGCGAUACCACAAUGUUUUGGUCAUAUUUAAUCAUUCAAAAGAUGAUGUUGAUAUUUUACGUAUACUCUGUGUUCUGUGGAUCUAUCGCUGUGGAUGCAUCUAAGGAGGCUGGUGUUCGGUUUCUUAGCAACUCUCUUCAUGCAUCAUCAAAGAUCAUAAACGGAGUAGAAGCAGAAAAGGGUGAAUUUCCCCAUCAGGCGGCACUCCUGUAUGAAGGCUACCACUUAUGUGGUGCAUCUGUUAUCGCUCAAGACUGGGCAAUUACAGCUGCUCAUUGUGUCGAGGGCAGGUCCACAGAAUUAGUAGCGAUAGUUCUAAAUCUUCACGACUACCAGAACCCCGGAACACUUGGAGUAGAUUACUUGUGGUUCUACAUUGAUGAAAUCAUUAUUCAUGAAGACUAUAACACGGGUUCUGGAGCUCUCCCAAAUGAUAUAGCACUUCUAAGAUUGACGACGAAUGGAUAUAACAUCUCUAGGAACAUUAUACGGCUUGCAAGGGGAGCCUAUGAUUAUUCUAACCAAAUAUGUACAAUAUCUGGGUGGGGAACGAAAGUUGACGGUUCAGCUGCUUCAAAACUGAAGAAAACAGACGUGUCUGUAUUAUCGUAUGGUCAAUGUGUGUACUACUGGGGAGAUCAGAACGUUCUUUCUCAACAUGUCUGUGUCAAAGGUUACGAUACCAUUGAAGGAAGUGGAUCAUGCACCGGCGACAGUGGUGGACCGUUAGUCUGCGGAGAUGAUCUUGUUGGUGUGAAGUCCUGGGUUAUAUAUGGAUGUCACCAAGACGGCGUCGUGACACAUCCUAGUGUCUAUGCGCGUGUUUCUUCUUUCUACAAUUGGGUAAAUGCAAAAUGUGGAAAUUGUGCUAUAUAGAUGACAUUUAAUGUCUAUUUGUCAAGAUGAAGUGCAAAAUAAAAACAAACAACUUUAAAUAUAUU